ACGUUACCAAGAGCACGCAGCAGGCGGCGCUAAGAGAAAUGAGCUUCCGUGCCGCUGGGUGGCGCCAAACUAACGUCGGGUUUGCGGAAGCGUCCGGCGCUUCAGCAGCAGCGAGUAAACAGAGCGCAGGACGCACAGAUAUAUGUUGAGGAUGCCGCUAGGCGCUAAUUUCUUUUUUAUUAUUAGGCUGAACGACAUAAACUCUCAGCUGUAAUACAAAAAGCUCACCGUGGGAUUUUAUCAGACGCAGAAAGUGACCGCAGGACAGCAAACCGAGCACUGAAGUGUGUAACACUGUGACGGCGUCUGUGCUACGCUCAGCUAGCAUGCUAAGCUAAGCUAAGCUAAGUCCGGCUAACCUCGGUCGGUGUCUGUGAUGGUAAAUCGCAGCGCGACCUCCUCCGGGCAUGGCAGCUGGAGCAGGAGCCGCUUCUGGCGGCUCUCUGGAGUCUACCUUAGACAAGAAGUUUCGUAGUGUCACGAACACGAUGGAUUCAAUUCAAGGACUGUCAACGUGGUGCAUCGAUAACAAGAAGUACCACAGCCUGAUCGUGCGGCACUGGAUGAAGUCUAUGAAGAAAUCUGAUGCCUCGCACAGGCUCAACCUUUUUUACCUGGCCAACGAUGUCAUCCAGAACUGUAAAAGGAAAAAUGCCAUCGUGUACCGUACAGCGUUCGCUGAGGUGCUCCGCGACGCCUUCUUGCUGGUCAACUUUGAAGGUGACCCGAAGGUUACUAAAUCGGUGGAGAGGAUACUCUCCAUCUGGGAGGACAGGGGUGUGUAUUCAGGGACACUCAUCACUGAGCUCAGGAGUAGCUUAGUCAAAGAGGAGUCCCCUCCAGAGACACCGGUGGAGCAAAAAACUCCAGUCGAGUCUAAAGCCGAAAUACGGUCAAAGGUUGUUGCUGAGUUUGUGCCCCAGGCACUGUUAGAUGAACUGUCCAAGUACAAGAGAUCUGUCGAGGAGAUUGACCUGAGAGAAAAGCAGCUGACGGCUAUGAGAGUAGACAUCUGCAGUUCUGAGGCCCUCAAGAAGCUCAAAGAUAAGGCCGGAGGAAAGAAGUUUUCCAAGGACUUUGAGGAAGGAAGUGCACAACUGCAGGAGUUUGUGAAGUUCCUUGACAAACAAUGCAAAACGGGACCUCCUCUCAUGGAGGCCCUCACCAAUGCAGAUAUCUUCUACGAGACCCAGUACAACGAGGUCAAGAUUGUUGCUAAUGCCUACCAGACGUUUGCUAACCGGGUGUCCCACCUCAAGCGUAAGCUGGACACUCUGAAGGCCACCUUGCCAGACCUGGACGAUUCACCCAUCCCCUCACCCUCUGCAGACGCACCGUCUCCGACGGGCUCAGAGUCCCCUUUUCAUGGUCUGGAAAUGGCCCACCCCGAUCCAGAUCUCGACGGCUCCGCUAUGGAUGAUGAAGCAGAGCCACCGGCGCCGAGCCCUCUAUCCUCACCAGGAGGAUCCCCCAGAAACAUAGACGCUCUCGGGGAGAAUGACAAUCGUGAAGUGGAAGACAUGGAGCUCUCUGAUGAAGAAAUGGACAGCGGUGGCAUUAUAGUUGAACAGCGGGUUGAACGCUCCACCCAGCCAGAGGUGUCCACUCCAGCCUGUGCAAAAACAGAGCCGUCAGUGGUGACGGAGCAGCCCGUCGCACAGGUCACGCCCCCUGUCGCAGCUCCUGCAGCGGCCGUGGAAAGUGUCGAUCUGGGUAAAAUCGGCUCCAUCCUCAACAGUUUAAGCUCAGUCAUGAAGAGCACAGGACCAUCAGUGGAGAGUCCUCCUGCAGCUGCCCCUGCUGGCUCCUCAUUGAGGACGACCCCUGCUGCCUCUCUGGCCUCUCAGGAUGCCACUUCACUGGUAAACAUUCUUUCAAAGGUGGACGUAAGUCCUGCAGACCUCCUCGGUGCUCUCUCCAAAGUCCAUGGCCAAAGCAGCCGUGACGGCAUCAAUUCUCUUCUGAGCAGCCCAGCUGCAAAUGUCUCCUCAGACUCCUCCACUACAGGCAAGAUUCCUCCCUCUUCCUCAUCCACAUCUGCUUCAGCAGUGUCCUCUCAGAGCCUGCCUGUCUCCUCUGUUGCACCCGUGCCUUCUUCAUUUACCCCCACUGUCGGGCAGAGCACAGACUCCAAAACCCUCACUCAGACUUCCAACCCAGCCUCUGCCCUUGUCCAGGCUCUACAUAGAGACAUGGAUUUGACAACAGAGACUGAGCCGUCCUCAUCCUCUAAGAGUUUAGAGUCUAAAAUCCACAGCUUCCUGCAGGGGAACUCUGCUUUCAGUUCAUUUGACCUGGGGUUUAUGCACUCAGCGCAAAGAAGUGAUAACCUCAGCCCAGUAACUGGGGCAGACAACCAGGAUGGGACUCCAGUGCGGGACGAAGGCGGUGGCACCCCAACUCAAGAUGAGAUUAUGGACAAGCCUGUAGUGGCCCCGUUGCCUUCCAACACAAAUCAGCCAUCUAUUGGAGAAACUUUUAACCCGGCUCCUGUUGCGUACCAGAACAGCAGUCAGCAGAACCCCAGCAAUCCCCAACAGCAAGCUCACCUGCAGCCAGGUGUGGCUCAGAACGGACAGGUGUACCAGCCGUACCCAUACGGCAAUCACGAGAUGUCCGAGCAUGGGAUUACUGCACCUGUUGCACAUUUCCAGCAGAUUUCUGCACAAACAGGAGGCCCAGUGCCUGGAGAAAGAGCCCCGGGCAGUGCCAGUAGCACACAGACAGUUGAAGGCUUUCAGGGGGUGAGUGAAAGGCGUUGGUAUGGAGACAUUUACCCAGAGGGGAACUCUCAGCAACCGCGAGGCUACAAUGCAACACCGCCUGAAGGGGCUGGAGACAACGCGGCAUCAGGACUUUAUCCAUACAGAGUAGACCAAACUCAGCAACCACAAGAAUUAGCCUCCCAGCAAGGCGCCGCCAUGUCCUCUGGUUUCUUCAGAAGCACCCUUCCCCCUGUUCCAAAUUUCCCUCCCCCUCUUCACGCCCCUCCUGCAACCAGCGGUGUGAUGAUCCCCCGAGAACCCCACGCUGACACCGGGGAGGCGAUCGGGGCCAGAGCGGACAGUGUCAUCAGUGGGAUGGUGGUCCACGACCAUCAGCACAAAUCCAUGUUUAAUCCAGAUGAACCGAUGUAUGACCAUGACCGCCCCCGGCCUCCUCACCCUCCUCCCCCUGAUGUUUUGCGCCCUCACCCGGAUAACCUCCAGUACCAGGAGGACCCGGAGCGCUACCACAAUGAGGUCCACCAUCGUGAUGACAUGUACUUUCAAGAGGACCCUUACCGCCACCCAGAAGAUCCAUAUUACAGACCAGGCAGCCCUCCACACCACUACCCCAGACCGCGAGGGCGACUCACUCCCCCUUUCUCACCCUCAGAGGACCCUUACUUCACCCACGACUACCAACGGCACAGCCCCCCUCCUCCUCAGCACUACACUCCGAGGAGACCACCGCCGCAUCUUGAAAUCCGCCAUCCUGGUCUACGACCUCCUCCCCACCGGCCUCCCCACCGGCCUCCCCACCCAGCACACCAUCCACACCCCAGAGGACCCCUGCGACCACCACCACCAUUUCCUCGCUUCCACGGCCCCGAUCCAAGGAUGAGAGGUAAACGUCCGGGUCCAAGAGGAGGGGGAAAUGCCGGUCCAAUGUUUGCCCCGAAAAGACCCUUCUUACCCCCACGGUACUGACUGUGCAUUUAGCUUUGAGCUCUUUAAAUCACUGUGGAUGUCACGAAGGAGGGGGCAGGACUUUUAAAACUGUGUGUGCGUGGUGGUCCACACCCUGCCAUGAGAAUCUCAGAUGGAAGAUGUGGGUGGAUAAUAGUGCAGAUAGUGAGUGGGCAUCAAGAGACAAAGUCGUACUGUAGAAGAACUUACUCAGCAGCUACCAGAAGAAAACUGCAAGCGGAGAAGAAUAAAGGAUUUGUAGAGGGGUGAGGAGAACAAGAGACAACUCCAGGAGAUGUAAAAGAAGUCGGAGGCUGUGAGGGCUGCUGAGCUGAAGAGCGAAGACAGAAGAUUAAAGAAAAUAAGAGGUGGAUAUAUAUAAUUCACUUUUUGUGUUAUUUGCUCCAGUAUGAAGCAUUGCAUUAAAAAUGUAAUUAAGCGUCCGUUUGAUAUAGGUCAGACUGUGUGCAUGGUAUGCGUGCGUGCAUGCGGUCAAGUGUAAGUCAACUAGCCACAGAGUCCGGAGAUAGUUAUUUUUUUGCUAAGAGUAAACACAGAAUGUAGUCGAUGCAAUGUUUCUGCUGUCAUUUAGUUUGUCAGCGAGCAGUUUUGACUGCUCCUCUUCCACAUCAGCAGUAACCUUUUGGUAAAACAUUUUAAAUUAAACAGUGUAAUGUUAGAGAAUUUAUGUUCCUUCUACAAAACACGUUUGCAUAUUUGGGGAAAUUAUUUUUCAUUGUCCCAGCUCCGACUGUUAUAUUUGUGAAAGCGAUGUUCUCUCUCACUGCGUCAGAACCCUUUCGGCGGUAGUUUUUACGUCUCGUUGAGUUCCUUGAAAGAGAGCGGCACAAGUCCAUUCAAAUGGAGAAAGACGUGUUAGUUAAUUUUUUUCAGCCUCCAUCGCCGGACGCAGAAGAAGUGCAUUUUUGGAGGGGAUGAAGAUACUGGACUUCAGUUUCGUUUUUACUUGUACUGACUAAUAAAAAUCUGAGUUUGAAAGA